UUUGCCGGUUCUCCAAACUAUUUAAAUUUUCUGCUACAGGUUCUCUGAACUGCUCAAAAUUUCCACUACCGGUUCUCCAGAACCUGUCAGAACCUGCUGGAUUUCAACCCUGAUGGUGACCCUGUUAGAAAACAUAGAGCCAAGCGUGCUAGUUGUAAAACUAAAGGCCUUGGAUCCAGACAAGGGCUCCAAUGAUCACUUGCUCUAUUCUUUUAGCAAUCACACUUCACAGAAAGUGUGUCAACUGUUCACUGUGCAUCCAGUAUCGGGCGAGGUGAGGGUCAAUGGAUCUUUGGACUACGAGGAAGACAUCUCCUAUGUAAUUUAUAUGCUAGCCACAGAUAAGGGCUCUGUUCCUAUGACUGGUCACUAUAAGGUGUUUGUUAACAUUGUGGAUGCCAAUGAUAAUGCCCCUGAAGUGGUGCUGACUUCCUUGUACGGCCCAGUCUCUGAGGAUGCUCAAUUUGGAACUGUAGUAGCUUUGCUGAGUGUUAUUGAUUUGGAUUCUAGCCUGAACAAGCAAGUCAAUAUAAACAUUCCUGCCAAUCUUCAUUUUAAACUUAAUUCUUUCAAAAAUUCUUAUACUCUUGUCACUGAGGAGUUCCUUGAUCAUGAAAGGAUUUCUAGUUACAACAUUACAAUCACUGCCACAGAUGCUGGAACACCUCCACUCUCUUCCCAUAAAAUAAUUAAAAUAGAUGUUUCUGAUAUCAAUGACAACUCAUCACAGUUUGAAGAAUUGUUUUACUCUGUUUAUAUAUCUGAGAACAAUGCUCCUGGAUCUUCUCUAUGUACAACAAAGGCCAUUGAUCGUGAUGCUAAUGCAAAUGCCUAUAUUUCCUACUCUUUGAUAAUGGGAGAAAUUCAGGGGCUAGCUGUGUCCUUCUUUGUCUCCAUUCAGUCUGGAACCGGCAACAUUUAUGCUGUCGGAUCCUUUGACUAUGAAACGCUGAGGGAAUUCCAGAUUGUUGUGCAGGCUCAAGACUCUGGGAUGCCAUCCCUCAGCAGCACAGCCAGUGUACACAUCUAUGUGCUGGAUGAAAAUGAUCAUGUGCCACAAAUUUUGUAUCCCAUCUCUUAUGAAUAAUUUCAUAGAGCCAUAGAAAUGAUUCCUCACUCAGCCAGUUCUGGAUACUUAAUCACUAAAGUGAUAGCCAUUGAUGGAGACUCGGGACAAAAUGCAUGGCUGGUUUUUCAUCUAGCCCAAACCUCUGUUCCAGACAACUUUAGAGUAGAGGUUCACAGUGGGGAAAUUCAGACUACUCAAAAACUGAGGGAGGCAACAGAGGCUACAUUCAAUCUUACCAUCAUAGUGAGGGACAACGGAGAGCCAUCCUUAUCUUCCUCUGUGUCAAUCAUCGUUGUGAACAGGGCUUCCCAAAUCAUUCCUGACAUUGGAAGAUACAUUACAGGUUCCAGAAAUUAUUCUGAAAUAACUCUUUAUCUCACUCUGGCUCCAAGUUCUGUCUCUUUUAUAUUUCUUUUGACUGUUGUUGCCCUUGGUGUGAUGAAGUGCCACAAAGACAGUCUAAAUAGCAGCCCUUGUUGUGCAGGUUUCGGCAGGACUUCUAAGGAAAGGUGCCCAUUUGAAGCAGACAAACAGCAGUGUUGCUACUGGAAUGCCACAAUUUUAUUUGGUUGAAGUGAGAGGCAAUGGGUCUCUUUCCAAGAUUUCCUGCUAUAAAACCUAUGUGUCAGCUGGCUCAGAAAGUGAUACCUUCAUACCUUCCAGGGAAGGCCACAGGAAUUAACCCUCAUGAUGAUAGAGAUACAUCUAACACCUAACUGGAGAAAGUGGACUGAGCUCUCCAAACUGUAUCAUUUUUAAAAGUGAUCUCAUUGCUCCAAAUGAGGUGAGGUUUAAAGGUAUAUAUGAGCUUUUUUUAAUUAAAUAACUUUCUUUUGAAACAUAAAAAAUGAGUGUUCAGGAUUAAUGAGUUGUGGGAAAAUUGGAGAGUGAAAAAGAAUUAAGAUUACCAAAAUUUUGGUAAGCAAAAUUUUGUUAGGCUUUAAAUUUCUUCUAAUAUGUUAGCUCUGGUAAAUGACUUUUCAGCAGUGUAAGGUAUAAAGGCUAAAGGUUCCCCUUGCACAUAUGUGCUAGUCGUUUCCGACCCUAGGGGCCGGUGCUCAUCUCCGUUUCAAAGCCGAAGAGCCAGCACUGUCCAAAGAUGUCUCUGUGGUCAUUUGGCUGGCAUGACUAAACACCAAAGGCACACGGAACGCUGUUACCUUCUCACCAAAGGUGGUCCCUAUUUUUCUACUUGCAUUUUUACAUGCUUUCAAACUGCUAGGUUGGCAGAAGCUGGGACAAGUAAUGAGAGCUCACCCCGUUACGUGGCACUAGGGAUUUGAACUGCUGAACUGCCGACCUUUCAAUCAAGAAGCUCAGUGUCUUAGCUACUGAGCCACCACAUCCCUCUAGUGUAAGGUAUAAGUAUAAGGAAAACAAUGCAGGAACAGCCAGGCAAUGAAUAUGCAGUAUAAUGAAUCUAUAAUACAAAUUAUUUACUAGUGGGGCUUAUUUCUAGGCAAAUGUACAUAGCUAAGUUGACUUUGUAUAUAAAUAUACAAAUAGAAUGAAGACUAUUGCUAACAUAGUGUAAGCCACCCUGAGUCUUCGGAGAAGGGCGGGAUAUAAAUGCAAAUAAAAUAAAUAAAUAAAUAAAAAAUAGCAGUAUAGCCUUAGUUAUUUAUUUCAAAUUCUGGUUUCUAGGUCACAAUAGGGACAGAUUAGACUUUGUGGUUAUGCAUUUAAAUGAUCCUGAAUUCUAAUGUAUUUAUUCAACUUGGUGCAUAUCACUUUUCUUCUCUUGUCUUUCAAAGUUUAAUCACAUAUUUCAGCAUGUGUGCUGGUGAGUGCUAUGCCAUAUAGCAACUUUAAACUACUGGUUUAAUAUCAAUAGCCAGUCAUUAAUUGAUCAAGCUCUUCUGUAGUGAUACAUACUGAUGAAUUUAAUUCUUGGCAAUAUAAAGAGUCUUCUUCUGUUUCUUAUGAUACCAAACAGUAAUGUUUGUUGAUUACAGCUAGCAUUGAGUUCAAUGGAUUGAAUGAUAAUCACUGAUUUUAGGCUGACGUCCUACAGCCACUUAUUGGAAUAUAAGGUUCAUUGAAAUAGUUGGCACUUAUUUUAAAACAAACUAUAGGAUUAUAGUCAAUAAACUGUUUAUAAUUAAUCUAUUUAGAACCAGCAGUGAAAUCCUACCGGUUCGCAUCGGUUUGAGUGAACCAGUAGUGAUAAAGACUACUGUUUUGGGCGAACCAGUACUAAAAAAACCCCUACCGGUUCCUCUGAACCAGUAUUUCCGAUGAUAAGCUGUGCCACAUGGUUUAAAAUUAAAAGAUUGAUUUAAAAAAUCUAAAUCGCACAGCACAGCUGUUCCCCCCUCACUGUUACACUUACCUUCCAAAGCCUCCUUUUCCACGCAAUUGGUGUGUACUUUGCAUGUGCGUGUGUGCAGUGUGUGUGUCUUCUGCGCACUGUGUAUGCACAUCCAAUGUGCAUUUGGCAAACACUGCACAUGCAUGUGUGUAGCACGCACUUGGCAUGCAGCGCGCAUGCGCAGCCAGCGAACCAGUAGCAAACCGGUUCAGAUUUCACCACCGUUUAGAUUCCAUUUUUUAAAACAGGUACAAGUAGAAAAUAAAAUCUGUUCCAUAUCAAUAUUUUAUAUAAUUAGAACCAAUAAAAGUAAUGCAAUUGAAAAUUGUGGAAUUUUAUGGGGCACCGAGCGGUCGAUUGUUUCUCCAAACUUGGCUCCCAGCUGACCCCUCCUGGAGAAAAGAAAGCUGACAAGCCUCCAGCCAAGCAUCGCGAGACGGCCCUAAAGGGGGUGGAAGUGGUUGAGUUCACUUCCCCAGGCCUAGGGGAGUUGAGAACUCCGACCACCACAGAAGACAGCGACAGUGAAACCGACACUGACGAUGACCCCUUGGUAUGUCAACAGGUGGACCCAUGACUAUCCCAGUAGAACUAAGAGUGCCAUUGUCGGGUGUCCAGGGGAAGAUGCUAGCCCUUUUAGAUUCUGGAUGCACGAGGUGUGUCAUCAGCCCUGACGUGGUGGACAAAUGGGACUGAGACUAAAAACGAUGAAGUACCCAUUGCAUUCUGCCAGUUGGAUGGUCAGUAGCUGGGGGGAAUCCGCCCACUUUGUGACUGAACCUGUUGAGAUGCGGAUGGGGGAUCACUGAGAGACUUUGAGUUUCAUCGUAGCACUUGGGAUGGAACGACCUCUCUUGCUGGGACUGCCUUGGUUAUGGAAAUGGAACCCCCAGGUGAAUUGGACAUCCAAUCCACCCACCCCCCGGGGGAAGAAGGGGGUGAACCUUUUUGCAUGGCUAAAACUUUGAAGGCGGUGGUGGCAUGUGAAUACAGCCCUAAGGAAUAUUGUGACCUCAGGGAGAUUUUUAGUGAAAAGGUGUCAGAUGUACUAUCACCCCAUCGACCCACUGACUGUGGCAUUGAGAUCCUUCCUGGUGUGAAGCUCCCUAAACCAAAGAUCUACUCUAUGACCCCUCGCAAGUUGGAAGAACUUUGGAGUUUUAUUGAUAAAAACCUGAAACGGGGCUUCAUCCAGCCAGCAAGGCCCUGAGUGGCUGCCCCAGUUUUGUUCCGGGAGAAAAAGGAUGGCUCUCUUCGCUUGUGUGUUGAUUAUCGAAACCUGAAUGUGAUUUGCAUAGAAAAUGUGUACCCACUGCCCCAAUGAAAGACAUGCUGGCUCGAAAUGGACAAACUAACUCUGAGUCUGAAGGGUAAAGAGACAUCAGUAUUUUAUGGUAGGAAUAUUUAGUUACUAAGCAUAAUCAAUAGAUAAAAUAAGAAUACAAAUAUGUAGAAUUUAAUGUUUGUCAUUAUUGCACGGAUUAUUGUCAGAUGAAAAACACCACAAAUAGCUGUUAAAUGAUAUAAGCUUUUCUUUUUCCUUUUUUUAUGCCUUUAAUGUAAAAAAGUUCAAUAAAGUAUAUUUAAAAAAGAAAAGAAAAGAAAGACAUGCUGGCUCACCUGGCUAAGGGGAAGAUUUUUACUAAACUGGAUUUGAGGGAGGCGUACUACAGAAUUUGGAUUAAGGAAGGCGAUGAGUGGAAAACUGCUUUCAAUUGCCCCCUGGUUUGCUUCCAGAUUAGGGUGCUCCCUUUUGGAUUACAAGGAGCCCUGGCAGUGUUCAUGCAAUUGAUUAAUGAGGUAUUGCAUGAGCACCUCUGUGUGUGUGUGUCCUGGUUUAGUUAGAUGACAUUCUCAUUUACGCCGAGACCAUGGAGGAACACGUGAAGUUAGUGCAGUCAGUUCUGAAAAAACUCAGAGCAGUUGUACGCUAAAUUAUCAAAAUAUGAAUUCCAUCAAAGUAAGAUUGACUAUUUGGGAUACAGCAUCUCAAAUGAGGGGAUAGAAAUGGACCCGGAGAAGAUCUGGGCAGUCUUAGAGUGAGCAGCCCCACACACCUGGAAGCAGCUACAAAGUUUCUUGGGGUUUGCAAACUUUUAUUGGCAGUUUAUCCCCUCAUUUGCACAAAUUGCUUUACCUAUUACCAACCUUCUGAGAACGAGGGGAGAGGCCAAAUCAAAACCUAGUAGGUUGCUUGAGUGGAUUAUGGAGUAUCAGGCAGCUUUUGAGAAGCUUAAGUGGCUGUUCACUGCAGAGCUGGUUCUAAAACACCCCAACAUGGAAGCCCCUUUCAUUGUCCAGACUGAUGCAAGUGAUGUGGCGGUUGGGGUGGUGCUACUUCAAGCUAAUGCUGAUGGGUCCUUACAGCCCUAUGCUUACACCUCCCACAAAUUGUCCAAGACCGAACGAAGAUGAGUGAUUUGGGAGAAAGAAGCUUUUUCUGUCAGUUGGGCAUUGUUAACUUGGAGGCAUUUCCUCGAAGGGGUGAAACACCCUUUUGAGGUGUGGACAGACCAUACGAAUUUAGAAACCUUAACACACACCCCCCCCCGAAGUUGUCACCCAAGCAAGUCCGGUGAGCACAACACUUCAAUCAUUUUAAUUUCACCCUGCGUUACCUCCCGGGAGGAAAGAAUUUUUUGGCUGAUGCCCUCUCGAGGCUGCCUCAAUACAAUAGUGCAUGACUGGAAGUAAUCCAGCCGAUUAUCCCUUCAAGACAACCUCUUAUAGUUUUGUAUACUUUGUUUAUUGUUUUUAUUAUUUAUUGUUAUUGGCCAUGCCCACCCACUCAUCUGACCACCAAGCCACGCCCACCAAUUAAGCCACGCCCACAGAACCGGUAGGGAAAAUUUUUAGAUUUCAUAUACAAACAUGUAUAUGUUUGUAUAGUUCACUGUAUAUAAAACCAUUGUUAGUUAACUAGGAAAGGCUCUGUGUGCUGUGUGCUG